CUAUUGUGACAUAGCAGAGAGGGAUCAGGAGAGCGGUGGAGUCGUGGCGCCUUGGACUACACUUCACGAUGGACGACCAUGGCGAGACCUCGUCUGCUACGACUCCCAAUCCUACAGCACCUCCCACGCCGUUCCGCUUGGAGAAAGCUGAGGAUCGAGGACAUAAUCGCGUGCCGGUCAGGAUGAAGAAGCAUUUGACGAUUGUCAUCAAGCUGGGCACCUCCUCCAUCGUCGACGAAAAGACCCACGAACCCCUCCUCUCCAUCCUCUCCACCAUCGUCGAAACCGCCGUCUCCCUCCGCCACGAUGGUCACCGCGUCGUCAUCUGCUCCUCGGGAGCCAUCGGCAUGGCCCUCCGCCAGAUGAACCUCCCCCGCCGCCCAAAACACCUCCCACAAGUCCAAGCCCUCGCAGCAAUAGGACAAUGCAAGCUCAUGUCCAUGUGGGACCAGCUCUUCCAACACAUGCGUCAACCCGUGGCACAAAUCCUGCUCACGAGAAACGACAUCGCCGAUCGCACGCAGUACCUCAAUGCGCAGAAUACGUUUGUGGAAUUGUUGAAUAUGGGUGUGAUACCGAUUGUGAAUGAGAAUGAUACACUUUCUGUGCAGGAGAUUAAGUUUGGGGAUAAUGAUACGCUGUCUGCUAUUACGGCGGGGAUGGUGCAGGCUGAUUACCUCUUUCUCAUGACGGACGUCGACUGCCUCUAUGACAAGAAUCCGAGGACGCACCCUGAUGCACUCCCAAUUGAAGUGGUCUCCGACAUUGCCGACCUUGCCGCUGAUACCUCCUCCGCUGGCUCCUCCCUCGGCACAGGCGGCAUGUCCACCAAAAUCGUCGCCGCGCGCCUAGCCACCGCAGCAGGCGUGACAACCGUCAUCACCCGCUCCUCUCAACCGGGAAAUAUCUCCGCCAUCGUGCGGUACGUGGAAGCACAAAAAUCCACCGCCUGCCUCGCAAAUUCAGACGAACUCCCACCACGAGCAAUCGAUCCGCAUCUGCAGAAGUUCGCAAUCGAACAUCCCGUCAACGGCGAUCAUCAUCCUCCUCAAAUCCUCCCGCCAGAUCUCGAGCCUCCUCCACUACACACCCGAUUCUUACCGGACUUAUUCCCCAUCCGUGACCGCUACUUCUGGCUCUUGCACGGUCUCGCGCCGCAUGGAACGGUAUACAUCGACUCCGGAGCCCACACCGCUCUCUGUUCCAAAGCCGGCCUCCUCCCCGUCGGCGUCGUCGCGGUAGAAGGUUCCUUCCACCAACACGAAUGCGUCUCGCUCAAAGUCCUACCAUCCAGGGAUUCAAAACUCGAAGAUGGCGAGGAAGUGGGUAAAGCGAUCGUCAACUACAGUUCAGGGGAGAUCGGAAGGAUCAAGGGUAGGAGGAGUAAGGAGAUUGAGGAGAGGUUGGGGUACGCGGAUAGUGAGUAUGUGGCUUGGAGGGAUUGCGUGGCGUUGUAUGCAAGGUUGGGGUCGAGGCCGGGAAGUCCGCUGAAUGGGCAUGGGAGUGUAAACGGGAGUAGAAAUGGUGCCGGGAGUGCGAAUGGGGACGCGGCGGAUGAUGGGGAGGGGAUUAGAGCGGAGUUGGGCAGGAGAUCGAGUGAGAGGAGGAGGAUGGGGAGUUUAAGUGGGUUUGUAGAGCGGUGA